GCUCCCCCCCUCUCCAGAAAUUCAUCGUAUCGGGCAUUCUCUUCGGUGUUAUAUCUCUCUCUUAACUCCUCUCUCUCUCUUUCUCUCAACCCUUUGGCAUUUGCGUGUACUGUAAUCGACCCUGAAAUGGCCAACAGUAAUCUACCGCGAAGAAUCAUCAAGGAAACUCAGCGUCUCCUAAGUGAACCUGCGCCGGGAAUUAGUGCUUCACCAUCGGAGGACAACAUGCGAUAUUUUAAUGUAAUGAUCCUUGGCCCAACACAGUCUCCAUAUGAAGGAGGGGUUUUCAAGUUGGAAUUGUUUCUGCCUGAAGAAUAUCCAAUGGCUGCUCCCAAGGUCAGAUUUCUUACUAAAAUAUAUCAUCCUAACAUUGACAAGCUUGGAAGGAUAUGCCUUGAUAUUCUGAAAGACAAAUGGAGCCCUGCUCUCCAAAUACGAACUGUACUGUUGAGCAUUCAAGCACUUUUGAGUGCUCCAAACCCUGAUGAUCCACUUUCUGAGAACAUCGCUAAGCAUUGGAAAACAAAUGAGGCUGAAGCUGUUGAAACAGCGAAGGAGUGGACUCGUUUAUAUGCAAGUGGUGCCUGAUGACACGGCUGAAAGCUUUGCUUCCCCCCAGUAACAUUUAAUGAAAUGUUGUAUGCAAUUGACUGUCAAUUUUAAAAUGGAAAUUUGGAAGAAUUGAUCUUUGAAAAAUCGGAGUUUAAUAUAUCUCCAAAGCUUCCAGUUGCCGGUUAAUCGUUUUCCUCUCACGGAAGUCUUUGUGGAACUUGUAUGAUAUAUUCAGCCAUUAAGUUGGCAAAGGAUCUAUAUAGUAGUUGCUUCAGCCUCAAAAA